AUGUCUUUCCCCUAUUUUGAUAUUCAAUACACCGAUCCCAGCGGCAACGCCCAAUCCUGGGGUCGCAUCGUUUUCCGGCUAUACGAUGAAGUCGUUCCCCAGACUGCUAGGAACUUCCGUGAGCUGGCUACUGGUCAACAUGGCUUUGGCUAUGCUGGUUCCAAUUUCCACCGUGUGAUUAGAGGUUUUAUGGCGCAAGGAGGAGACUUUACCCGAGGUGACGGAACUGGAGGUAAAUCCAUCUACGGUGCGAAGUUUCCUGAUGAAAACUUCGUCAGGGUCCACGACAAGCCGUACUUGCUGUCCAUGGCCAAUGCAGGUCCGAAUACCAAUGGAUCUCAAUUCUUCAUUACCUUUGUCGACACGCCUCACUUGGACGGCAAGCAUACCGUUUUCGGUGAAGUUGUUGAGGGCCAUAACAUCAUCGAGAUGAUGCAGAGCAAAGGCUCGGGCAGCGGACGCACAGACGGAACCAUCACGAUUGCUGCCUCGGGAGCCCUCUAA